UCUGGUAAAUGUAAAAUUUAAUCGGGAAGUAAAAUAAAAAAAAAAAAAUUUAAAAUAAUUGGUUUUAUUAUUAAAGGAAAAAAUUUUGAUUUUAAUAUAAAAUUUGUUAAUAAAUAAAUAUUAUAAAAUUUAUAAAUAAAAAAAAUAAGAAAAAUAAAGUAAUAAAGUUCAAAUUUUAAAGAAAAAUUGGUGAAACGUGUCAAAUAAUAAAAUCAUAAAAAAUAAUUAUUUUUGUUUUAUUUAAUUAAAUAUUAAUGUACACGUCUAUUAUAAAAACGGAUUAAAUUAAUUAUUUUAAAUUGUUCAUAGAACUUUUAAAUAUUAUAUUUUUUAAAUUUAAUAAAUUUACCAUUAAAGUAUAGCAUUUUAUUCAUCUGAAUUUAAAUUGUAUAAACGGAAAUUUCAAAUAUUUUUCACAAUGCUUCCGCUUCCUUUAGGAGCGGUAAGGCAAACACUUAUUCUAGUUUUCCUAUUGUUUUUUAUUGAAGAAACAAGAGCUGAUAAAAAAGUUGUAUGCUAUUACACAAAUUGGAGUGUUUAUAGGCCAGGAACAGCAAAAUUUAAUCCACAAAAUAUUAAUCCAUAUUUGUGUACACAUUUAAUUUAUGCAUUUGGAGGAUUCACCAAGGAUAACACUUUAAAAGCAUUCGAUAAAUAUCAAGAUAUUGAACAAGGUGGAUAUGCUAAAUUUACUGGCCUAAAAACAUACAACAAAAAUUUAAAAACUUUAUUGGCCAUUGGAGGAUGGAAUGAAGGAUCAUCAAGAUUUUCUCCUUUAGUAGCAAAUCCUGAAAGACGACAUCAAUUUAUAAAAAACAUUUUAAAAUUUUUAAGACAAAAUCAUUUUGAUGGUUUGGAUUUAGAUUGGGAAUACCCAGCUCAUAGAGAUGGAGGAAAAUCAAGGGACAAAGAAAAUUAUGCACUAUUUGUGCAAGAAUUACGAGCUGAAUUCGACAGAGAAUCAUCAAAAACAGGUCGACCAAGAUUACUUUUAACAAUGGCUGUUCCAGCUGGUAUAGAAUAUAUUGAAAAAGGAUACGAUAUACCAAAACUAAAUAAAUAUUUGGAUUGGUUUAAUAUUUUAAGUUACGAUUAUCAUAGCGCAUAUGAACCAUCUGUCAAUCAUCACGCUCCCCUUUAUCCCUUACAAGAUGAAGAUGAUGAAUAUAAUUUUGAUGGUGAAUUAAAUAUUGAUUACACAAUCAAACAUUAUUUAAAAGCAGGAGCAGAUCGUGAUAAACUAGUUCUUGGUAUUCCAACAUAUGGACGUUCGUAUACAUUGAUUAAUGAGGAUAGCACCGACAUAGGUGCCCCAUCUGACGGUCCUGGUGAACAAGGUGAUGCCACUCGAGAAAAAGGUUACUUAGCAUACUAUGAAAUAUGUCAGAACAUUAAAACUGAAGACGAUUGGACUGUUGUCCAGCCAAAUCCCAAAAGCAUGGGACCAUAUGCUUUUAAAAAAAAUCAAUGGGUUGGAUACGACGAUGAGGAUAUAGUAAAAAAAAAAGCAGAGUACGUAGUUUCAAAAGGUUUGGGAGGGAUAAUGUUUUGGUCAAUAGACAACGACGACUUCAGAGGAAAUUGCAAUGGACGCCCUUAUCCAUUAAUUGAAGCUGCAAAAGAAGCAAUGUUUGAUAGGUAGGAAUUUUCUUGCACUAUAUAAUUUGAAGAAUUUUUGUAUAAAACUUUUCCAAUUGUUUUUAGAUAUAAUGAUAAUGAAGUUAUUAAACAGGAUAAAGUUAGAAAGCCUGGGCGUUCUAGAAGUCAAAGUAAUUCUUCCACAAGAAAUCAAGCUUUUAAUAAUGAGGAUAAGAAAAAAACACAAAGUCGAAUAAAACAAACAGAAAGUAGGAAGCGUAUUUCAAGUACCACUACUACUUCUACGACUACAACACCAAUACCAGUUACUAGAACCACCCCUGCGCCACCAACUACACCAGAUCCUGGAGCUGAUUUCAAAUGUGAAGAUGAAGGUUUCUUUCCCCAUCCUCGCGAUUGUAAAAAAUACUAUUGGUGUCUCGAUAGCGGACCCUCUAACUUGGGGCUUAUAGCGCAUCAAUUCACAUGCCCUUCUGGUCUUUAUUUUAAUCCCGCUGCUGAUUCUUGUGACUUUACCAGAAACGUGCUUUGUAAAAAAAACAUUAAGCAAACAACAACCAAACCUACAACUGUUACUACUACUAAGGCGACAACUACCACUUUGACAACGCCAUCAAAAGCAAUAAAGUUAAAAACAACUUCUACUACGCCAGAACCAGAGUAUGAAAAUUAUGAAGAUGAUGAUCAGGAUGAAGACCCCCAAACUGAUGAAGAAAAAGGUACAACAAAAGAUCCUGAGGAAGACCCAAAGGUGAUAAAAGAAUUGAUUGAUUUGAUUAAAAAAGUCGGUGGUAUCAAGGAGUUAGAAAAACUUUUACAACAAGAUGAUCAAGAUAAUACUACUGGAGCAAAAAAUCAAAAAAAUUCUGAAAAAUCAAGACUCCAAGAGACUUUUACUGGAAAAUCAUUGUACAGUAAGGUUCUUGGAAGACAAAAUAGCCUAACGUCUUUGAAGGAUCGUUUUAGUACUUUACAAGCUAUUCAACGAAAUAGUAAAUCAUCUGAUAUUACAGAAGAUUACAAAGACGAUAGCUCAAGUGAAAAAUAUUCAUCGGUUGUUCGCAACAGUAGACCACGACCACAGAAUGAUGGCAUAAACAAAUUAGCAGAGUUUGAUGGCUUUUUAAGAGAAAAGCCUAAAUAUGUUACCCUUAAUAGAUCAAGGCCAGCAGCAACGAAAAGCGAUGAGUCUAAAUCAGUUGAUAAUAAAAAAGUCGAAGAGGAAGAUAACGAUGAAGAUGAAGAUAAUGAAGAUGAAGAUGAUAAUGAAGACGAUAACGAAAGGGGCGGUUUCAGAAGUAGAGUGACAAGUGAAAAACCACAACUUUCGUCCACGUUAUCCUACAUUAAUAUUAGAAGAACUUUGCCAUCUACAACAACUGCUGUGCCUAGUUUGGAGUUAACUGCAGCAACAACAGAGUUUAGUAAAGUGGAUGAAACCAAAACAAAAGUUCCUCCUUCAUUUUUAAGAAACCGGUAUAAAACUUUAGUGAGGUCAAAUACACAAAAUGUAACUAAUCAAAAUGAGUAUGAGGAAGAGGAACCACCAAAUGUUACGGUAAUAAACACUGAAAACAAUGAAAAUACACAAGCACCCAAAAGAAAAUUUGUAACAUACAAUGCAACUGAGCGCAGAACAACCACUCCAGCUACACAAACUGUUCAGGCAGAAGAUCAACAAGAAUCAACGACUAAAUCAUACAUAAAACAAACUAAUACUAACAACAUUUUUUCACUGAUUAACACUCAUAACAUUAGAACAACCCAAUCAACAUCACCAACAACAAUCCAACAACCUUUAAUUGAAACUUCUUCCUAUAGUUCGAUUCCCACAAAAGACCCACUUUUUUCCACAAUAAGUACAAUCAGUAAUGAGACAAACUUAGACUUGACAGAAGUACCACUUGAUUUUGAAAGUAUUGAUAAAAAAUUAGAUGAAACAACUGUGAGUAACACGGACAAAACAAAUGAAAGUGACUUACUUAAUUUAGAUAAUGAAAUUAAUUUUAAUAAAGAAAAUGACACUAUUAAUAUAAAUGAAAAAAUUUUCAAUUCAACGCAAAGUAAUUGUAGUAACAUAGAAGUAUUAAAAGAAGGUAGUCAUAGUGACAUUAAUUUUAUUCAUUGUAAUGAUGGUGAAAGUUCAUAUACUAAAACAAGUACGAAAUCGACACCAUUGGACGAAACUACAACGCCGUUUUUAGGGACAAUUUCUAGUCCAAGACCAUUUACUCCUAUCCAUAAAAGAAUCCGCAUCCGACCUGUAAUUAAAAAUUCCCUUAAUAAAACUUCAUCAUUAGAAAAUUCUAAUUCGUCUAGUGUUGAAAGCGAAACUAAUAACAAAAAUAAUGAUGUUACCAUAAAUAAGGUGAGUUCUGUCAAACAUAACCGUUAUUUAAACAGUAGAAAUAGGGGUAGUAGCAACUUAGAGAGUGGUAAUAUUGUAAAUGUAGAUAUAGAUAAACAGAGCACUGUAAAUACAACACAAAACAAGUUGGAUUUUAGUGGAAAAAGUAAAGUUAAAUUCAAGUCCAUAAGGGUGCAAGAGGUAAAGAAUUCUAAAGAUAGCAAUGAAAAUGAUAACGAUAUUAGUGUGCUAAAUCUUACUAAAGACUCAGAAUCUGGGCAAGAAACAAGAAUACACAACAAAACAGUUAAAUUGAACAGUUUCAAAAGUCUUCAAGAUACUGCUAAAGAUAGGUAUGAAUUAACACUUAAAAGUCCUGUGUUACUCCAUAUAGAAGAUGAUGAUUCAACAUCUAGAGGCUUAGAAAAUAAUGGAGAUCAACAAGGUGAAAUUGUGCAGAAAAAACUAAAAACAGAUACUGAUGGGCUUAAAUUAAAUUCUUCCAAUCGUAUUCGGAAUAAAAAUUUUUUAAGAAGAAACAUUAGUGCUUAUAGUUCUCCACCAAGUGAUAUUACCACCGAAACAACAAUUAAUGGUGCAAAAACAUCUAAAAAAUGUAAAAAAAGGAUUGUUGGGCGGCAACCAAAUACGGAUAAAACAGAAGAUACUAACCAUAAUGUAAAUGUUAAAAGUUAUUCGUGGAGAGAUUCCCGAAUAGCAAAUUUUAGACCUUGGAAAACCACAACCUCUACUCCAGACAAGCUUGAUGAUAGCACACAAGCCAUAAAGGUUACGUAUGUGUAUGAAGAUUGCGCCGACAAUGAAGACGAUCUCAUUAGUACUGAAGAUAACACAGUAAGUUCGCAAAAUGGUAAUACAAAAUAUCAAAAAACUGUAGAUAGCUCUUUAAGAAACAAUGAUGAAAGUUCAAACUUUGAUUCUGCCGAAAAUAAAACUAAGAUUACUUCGAAAAGUAAAUCAAACACAAACUUUAAUAUAAGCAACUCAAAUCGAAAACGCCUAAACACUUUCUCAACUUUUAAGAAAGAAAAUAAUGUUAACACAAAGCACCACCUUGUGCAAAAUUUAUCAGAUUCUGAAACCACUGAUGAAAAUGUUAAUAGCGGAAAUGAUCAGGAAUUUCAAAAUUUAAAUGAGAAUAAAAUUUCGAAAACAAGUUAUAUUUCAAAAAAAGUCGAAUAUUUGGUUCAAAAUAGUUCUGUAAGUGAAGACGAUUUAACUAAUAUUUCUGAUCAAAAUAACGAAAAAAAGAAUCUUACUUUCUCAAAUUUUGAUAAAGAAAAAGACGAUUUAAAUACAAAACAACAUCUUCUGCAAAAUUCAUCUGAAUCUGAAACAAUUUAUAAUAAAAAUGUUGAUCGCGAAUAUGACCAAGAAAUUACAGAUUCAAAAGAUAACGAAAAUAAAAAUUUGAAAAAGAAUUAUAUUUCCUCUGAAAUUGAAUUCUUGGUCCAAAAUAAUUCAGUCAAUAGAAACGAUUCCGUUAAUGAUGAAAUUAAAAUAACAAACAGCGUUACAAACAAAGUUAAAACAGAUUCGUUUGUAGACCUUACCUCGACACAGGACAAAGAAAACCGAACUAAGUUGAAAAUUUUUAACGCAAGCACACUAAGUACAGAACAAGAUGUCAAAAAAAAUUCCCAGAUCUUGUUUGGGAAUACCAAUUCAAAUGAUGAAUUUGAUUCAUUAUCAAUUGAUGAAGAAAUUGUGAAUAAAACUAAAAUAAAAUUAAAGGAAAAUGAUGGUGAUGCUGUAGAUAAUACAAAAAAAGUGAAGGCUAAUAAAAUUGAAGAGUCGUUUGAAGUGAAAAAAAUUGAUUUUCCAAAUAAUCAAGAUUCAGUGAAUACAACUUUCAAUGAAAAAUCAGAAAUCAAAACAGAAGUUCAGGAUGAUAAUUUGGAUGACACAAGCAAUAGCAAUAAUAAUAAAAUUAGAAAAAUAAUUAUAAAAAAUCAACCCAGAAUUAACUUUGCCACAAGAACAAAUAAAAAAACUCAAGUUGAAAGUUUAAAAAACUUAAGAUUUUCACAUUCCGAUAAAGAAGGAACUAAUGAUACAACUACCACUGACAAAUCUGUUGAAGAUGAUAAAACUGCAGGAGAAUUAUCCUCUUCAGGAAAUAAAUUUAAUGGGCGUUCUAAAUUUGUUGCAAUUAAUAGUAGUAGAGUCUUUGAAAGUCGUUCGAAAUAUAGAAAAAAAAUUGAAGAAACAAAUUCGAAUCAGGAUAUUGAUGAUGAAGAAGAUGAGAAUGAAGAAGAAAGUGAUGCUGAUACCCAAAAAUCACGGAAUUCGAAUUUAAAUUUAAAAAGAACAUAUCGACCUAAACUUACUGCAGACGAAUUAAGUUCACUUUUAGCGGUCGAUCUAAGGAAGCACAAAAAUCACGGCGAAAAAGUUUCUAACGAACCAAAGGUCCAGACUUUCAGACGCCGGCGCCCAGUUCAAAAAACAGAAAAUGAAGAGCAAGUAAAACAAAAUUUUACAGAAUUAAUUGGGAGAACUCAAAAAUUAUCACCUGCUAAUACAAAUAACAACAGAUAUUCAACCUCAUUUGAAGGUAGGAGAAAGUUUGGAAGUAAAAAUUUAACUGAAGAAAUACAAAAUCAAAAUUACAAUAAGAAAACUCAAAUUGCGAUUGAUAAUCGAAACUCUGUAAAAGAUAAAAAAAAUUUUAAUAUUGACGAAAAUGACGAUGAUGAAAAUGACGAAGAUGAUUACGAUGAAAAUGAUUAUGAAAGUGAGGAUGAAAAUAGUGAUACUAAUGAUAGUGAUACUAUUGAACAGAAUGAAAAUAUUACAACAAUAGUCACCCCAAAAGGUAGCAACAAUUCAAAGCAGGCAAUACGUUUAUCAUAUAAUAAAUUUUCUCAAAAACUUAAUACUUCUGUAGCUGAAACCGAAGCAAAUCAUAAAGCAGACGGAUCAACUACAACAAACACAAAAUUUCAAAUAAAAGUUUUUGGAAGAAACAAAACAAAAGUAAAUAGCUCAACAAUUGAAGACAACAAUAAAGGAGGAUACACUAUUUCAAAUAAAAAAAUAUCGACACCUGGAACCUACCUAAGAAAAACACAAAGACAAAACUUUUCUCUUGAAGUCACAACAACAGAAGCAAACGAUGAAAAUGACAUAAGAACGACUAGUAUUGACGAUGUCCCUGAAAACUUUUCUACUGAAAAAGCUUCAAGCGUAAGCAAUUAUAACCAACAAAGGAGAAUACCAACACGCAAGGUUUUUUUGAAAAGAAGAAAAGAAAACUCAGCUUCUGAAGAUCAAUCUUUUAAGAAUAAUGAAACAUUUCAUAUAGAUGAUGAUUCUGCUAAUUUGACAACUAAACUUGUUUUGAGCUCUGAUGCCAACAGUAAGCUGAGGAAGUUUCCAGAGAGGAAAAUUUUUUCACUAAGGAAAAAAAUAGAAAAUUCUGUUAUAAACGAAUCGAUUACAAACACUACGGAUGAUAUAGAUGAUGAUUCUGCUAAUUUGACAACUAAACUUGUUUCGAGCUCUGAUGCCAACAGUAAGCUGAGGAAGUUUCCAGAGAGAAAAAUUUUUUCACUAAGGAAAAAAAUUGAAAAUUCUGUUAUAAACGAAUCGAUUACAAACACUGCGGAUGAUAUAGAUGAUGAUUCUGCUAAUUUGACAACUAAACUUGUUUCGAGCUCUGAUGCCAACAGUAAGCUAAGGAAGUUUCCAGAGAGAAAAAUUUUUUCACUAAGGAAAAAAAUUGAAAAUUCUGUUAUAAACGAAUCGAUUACAAACACUACGGGAGGAAUCAACAAGGCAGUUGAAACUAAUAUUUCGUCAACAAUUUCUGACGCUGAUACAGACACAGAAACCGACACAGUUGAAGGAGGUAGAAGUAAAUAUCUAUUGAGGCAAGAAACAAAAAGUAUCAUUUCCGAUUUGGAAAAAAAUGAAGGCAAGAAUAGUUCUGAAAUUCCAAGUACUCCUCUUCGCAAAAUAUAUUUCAAAAACAGAUCAAAAAUUUUCCAGCAACAGGAUGAAAAAGUUAAUAAUGCCAGUCAAUAUGAAGAAAAUUUGUUUGAAUCUACAACAGCAUCUGAAAAUGAAAAGAACGACGAUAAAGAAAUCAAUAAUCGUACUUAUGGUGGUUUCAAUAGGUUUAGAAUCAGACCAACGUUAAAAGCCAAAACUAAACUAGAAAAUGAAUCAAAGGUUUCUACUGAUGAAAUCCCGACAUCCACAGUUGAAAAUAAAGUUUCAACUGAAAAAUCUAAAUAUUAUUUUUCAAGACGAAAAACAACGCAAGUUCCCUCGCUGGAAACUGAAACCGAAGACACAGUUAUUGCUUUGACAGAGUCACCAGAUGAAUCAACUGACACAUCCGACCUAACUACUACUAACUCAAAUGAAUUUUCUACAACUAUUAAGAGUAUUACAAAAGUGGAAGAAAGUACAACAACUGACGACAUCAUAAAUAAAAUUGAUGAUUCAAAUAUUCAAGCAACAACUAUUCAUCCAAUUUUCCAUCGCAAAUAUACUUCGGUGAGUCGAACAAACAACAUAAUUGAAGAUAGUUCUACUGCUAAUACUGAGACAAAAAGUGAUAAAGAUGAUGAAACUGACGAUGAUGAGGACUAUGAUGAAGAUGACGAUGAGGAAGAUGAUGAAGAUGAAGAAGAUGAUGAUAAUAAUAAUGAUCAUAAGAACUUUGAAGAAACAAAUAAAAGUAACACCACAGAAAUUGGCAAAGAAAUAUUAAAUGAUGAGAAAGACUUGAAGGAAACUGAUGAAAUCACCAAACUAAACCCAGUUUCCACCGGAUCAAAGUACGGAUUUGUUAAUAGACAAAAAGGAAAAACUAAUCAUGAAACUCAGGAAGCUUCAAUUGAGGAAAACGCAACAAUUCACAAUAUAUCGCAUUUAUCAAAUAUAUCUACUUCGGAUAUCAAUACCAAUAACCAGUUGAAGAAAAUUCCCAUACGUAGGAUUUUCUUAGGAAGAAAAAAGACAGAAAAUUCUAUUAUAAGAGAAGAAAAUGAAAAGGAUAAUGCGCAGAUAAAUAACACCGAUAGUACUAAUAAUUUAGUAACGACCUCCAAAAUAGAAACUAAUGGAACAAUCGCAAGAGUUAGGAGUAAAUUUGUAUUGAAGAAUAAAGAUAAACAAACUGCGGUUAAUAUUUCGACUAACAUUUUAGAUUUGAAAAAUAGUGAAGACAAAGAAAAUUCCAAUCAAUUGAAAAUUCCUCCUCGAAGAAUAUAUUUGAAAAAUAGAUUUAAAACUAGUCAGGAAAAAGACGAAAAAAGUAAUAAUGUGACCCAAUAUAAUGAAACUUCUGUUGAGUCAACUACAGAAUCUGAUAAAGCUGUUCGUGAUAAAGACUCCAGUACUCGUUCUUAUGGUAGUUUUAAUAAAUUUAGAUCCAGAACAACAUUGAAAUCUAAAAUUAAAAUAAAUUCUGAAUCAAAAGAUUCUACUGAUGAAGUCCUUACAGACAAUAUUGAAAAUAACAUUUCUACCGAAAGAUCUAAAUAUUAUUCAUUGAGAAGAAAAACAACAGAAACUCCUUCGCCUAAAACUGAAACUGAAGCAAAAGAUGCUGUAACCGAAUUACCAGAAGAUUCGACUGACAGAUAUAACUUGAGUGUCUCCAAAGAAAUCUUUACAACAACUAUAAGUAAUACAGAAACGGAAGAAAAUACGGAAAAUCUAGAUUCAAUCAAUAAAAUCGAUAAUUCAAACAUUCAAGCUACAACAAUUCAUCCAAUUUUUCAUCGUAAAUAUACCUCUAUAAAUCGUUCAAAUAUUAUAAGCGAAGAAGCAUUAAAAGUUAAAAAUGACACUGCGAGUACAACAACUGAAACUAAAGAUGAUGAAGACGACAAAAUUGACGAUGACGAAGACUAUGAUGAAGACGAAGAAGAUGACGAAGAUGAUGCAGAUGAUGACGAUGAAGAAAGUGAUAGCAAUAAAGGUAAUGAAAGUAAUAAAGAAGAAACUAACGGAAGUGAUCGUUCUGCGCAAUUAAAAGAAAACAAUGAUAAAGAAAAUUUGAACCAAAGUUCCGUCACAAAAGUAAAUCAAUUUUCAAGUCGGCAGCAAUACAGUGUCAUUAACAGAGAAAAGGGCAAAAUUGCCUACAAUCAAAGUGAUUUUGAUAGUAAUUUUGUAGAUGAAAAUAGUAAUAUUAAGCAACUAAUAUCGAAUCGUAAUCAUUUAGAAUCUUUAGAGUUAAAUAAUCAGCAAAAUAAUACCAAUAACCAAAAUCAUACUAAUUUAGAAUCGGUUCAGCUUUGCAAGAACCAUAAUAGUAGUAAUUGUAUUGAAAGUAGUAUAAAUAGUAACUCGUUUGUAGACCAAUUUUCUUCAAACAAUAAAACUGAUAUUUUAGGUAACGACGUUAACCAAAAAAUCUUUUUCCUUAAUACCAAUCGGCGAUUUCAGAAUGACUCCAAAGGAAUAAACAAUACUGAUGCCCAGGCGAAAGGAAAUUAUGAAUCAACAACUAAGCAAAUAAAUGGCCGACGAAUACGUGUUCUUAAAUUCAAGAGACCAGUAACAAAUACUGUUGAAGAUAAAUCAAUUUUGAAAUCUAAUUCAACAAAGACAGAAUUCUCAGAAAAAAAUGAACAAUUAGAUAGCACAACAAAAAUACCAUUAAGAAAGAAAGUUUUUAUACGAAAAAGGCCUUUGACUACUACUAUCGCUUCAACCGCUUCCGCUGUAGAACUUAAUGAGGGAAACGCGACCGAAAUAGAAAGUAAAGAAUCUGAGUUUAAACAUAGUGAUAGACGCAUCAAAUAUAUUAAAAAAAUUAUAAUAAAGAAUGAUACAACUACCGAGAAAAAGGGUACUGAAGUUGAUGGCAAUGAAAGCCUUACUAUUGAUUUGAAAAAUUUGGAUAACAAAUUUGAUGAGGAAGUUGCAGAUCGUAUCACAAAUUUAACAGAUAAAGAAGCAGUUACGAAUUUUAGAGAAAAAAUUUAUUUAAAUAGAAGACCCAUCCGACCAACAAAAUUACCUGGUACAUCAUCAACUACAAAAGACUUAGAUGAUUCAGUUAGUGAAAAUGUUAAUGACAGUUUGAAUUUAACAAACUUAGAUAGGGGUAAGUCUAAAUUUCGAGUUGGAUUUUCAAAUAUUCGUAAUGGAAAUUUCACUGAAAAGUCGGUGGCGAGUGAAAAUGAAAUAAAGAAAGCAAAUGAUUUGAAUUACAAAACCAUAGUACGAACCAACUAUUUGAAUAGAAAGGUUGAACAAGCUUCUAUUGGAGAUUACAAUAAAACUAUAAUAAAUGUAAAUGAAAAUGAAAACGAAAGUGAAAAUAAUGAACAGAAGAGCGAUGACGAUGAAGAUGACGAUUAUGAUGAUGAAGAUGAUGACGAUGAAAAUGACGACGAAAAUGAUUACAAUGAUGAAAAUUAUGAUAAUAAUGAGGAAAAACUCGAAAAAGAUAAGGAAAAACCGUUAAAUGAAAACUUUAACAAAAUAGGUUUAAUAAAUAAUUUUGAUUCUAAUUCUUUUAACAACCGAAUCAGAACUAAUUUGCAAAAUUAUACUAACCGUAGGCAAAAUGUUCCUGUAGGUAUUAACAGAAAUAUCACAACAAAAAAAUCUAACAGAUUUAGAAUAAACAGACCUAAUAAUAUUCCUAAAAUUAGUAACAGAAAUUUCCCAACCACAACACCCCAUCCUAUAUCAAACCAAAUCAGUGUUACAACUACUUUCCCAUUAACAACACCCUCUAUUUUUAAAUCUACCAACACUAAGUUAAGGAAAUACACAACAGUUACAAGCACAACUGAAUCCACACUAAAAGAUGAUUUACUGUUAGAUCUAAAUGUAAAUGCAUUAAACGCUAGAAACAAGAAAAUAUUUGAAAUUACAAGUAAGAAACACACAACAGUUAAACCAAAACCAAAAGAGCAAAUAAGUAUAUUAGACAAUGAAAAUAACAUAUCAAAUGUAAAUGAAACACAAACAACAGAUAUAUCAGAACUUUCUGAAAAAAAUGUUAAAUCCUAUUCUAAUAACGAUUUGAAUAAUUUCCAGGAAACUGCAUUAGAAAAUUCAAUUCAAGGAUCAUCACCAAUCACUGAACAACCCCCCGUAACUACAACGCAAAAGGCUACCACAUUUUCACAUAUAUUUUCUGUUGGUAAUAUCAAUGGAAUAUCAACUACAGAAAUGUCUGAAAUUGAAAAAGAUAUUUCUACAACUAUAGAAAAUGAAGAAAAAUUAGUAGAAAUAAACAGAGUAGUUGAAGUAUCGUCGAAAGAAAAUAAAUUAAAACUAAAAUCUAUUGGUGUUGAUUUAGAUAAUAUUAAAACAUCAGAUAUUAAAUUGGUUGAACCACCUCAUAUUGAUAAACUUGGUGAAAUAAGUCGAGUUAAAUAUGUUACUCUUGUUGAAAGUGGCGAAGAUUAUUCUACAACAAAGUCUUAUGAUGAACUUCACAACGAAAAUAUAAAAUACAAUGAUAAUAUUUUAAAUGAAAGUGAAAAAAGGGGUAGACAACUUAUUUUACCAGAAGUAAUACGUGGAAUUGAAACAUCUACUAUACCUUUGGAAGGACUCUUCAAAACAUAUCGAAAAUCAAAAGCUAAUGAAAUUCAUUACAAUUCACCAGUAUAUGCUUUGUCAUUAGGUGAAGCUUAUAUAACAUCUAAACCGAUUACUAAUGACGACGAUAUAUCAUACGAGCCCGUAUAUAAAGGUGAAUCAAAGGAUGAAAAAAUUCAUGAAGAUAUUAAAACAACAACCUCAUCAUUUUUAUUUGACACAACAACUGUACAACAAGAUAGAACAACUAAUUAUAUACGUCCAAUUGUACCAUUAUUAAGGCCAGAAUCUAAUGAAUCAUCUCCAUUAGUUAUAUCAAUUGCUAACCUUGAUAAGGUAAUUCUCAGUAAAGUACCAAAAUCUGAUUCUAAUUCGGCGCAAUCUAUACGUUAUCAGACAUACAUUGAUGCACCCAAACAAACAAAUAAUAAAAUUAAUAACAAUAUUGAAAAUAUAACAAUAUCCACUAGUAAUCAGUUAAAUGAAUCAAAUGAUAGUAGUAGUCAAAAGCCCAUAAUACAAAAUGUUAAUCAAAUACAACAAGAAAUUAUAACAAGUUACAGUAGUGAAACGCAUGUAGAACAUAAAAAAAUUAAAAAAAAGAGGAAACACAAAACAACAACCGAAAAAUCACAAUUAACUUUAAGACAAAAUUCUCGACCUUUAUUGAAUCUAAGAAAUAGGUCAACAACACAAUUGCCAUCCCAUAGUGGAGUUACUUCAAUAGCAACAACACUUUUAAAUAGACGAAAUAAAUUUGAUUAUCGUACAACAGAAAAAUCACAGACAACAAUUUCUGCUGAUGAAAAUAGUACUCCAAGUAUAGCUUCAAAAUUAACUAUAAGUAGAAGGAAAUACUCGAGACCAUCCAAUUAUACUGAAGGUAAAAAAUCAUAUCGGACAACAACAACAACAACGACAACUACUGCCUCGACAAUCAAAGAUAAUGAAACAUCAACCAAUCGUCUAAGAAAUAUGUUAUUUAAGAGAAAAUAUUACACUACGACGAUAGCUACAACAACUCCAAUUUCUCCAAGUUCAACAAAAUUGAUCGAAAAAAAUCGUCUACUUCCUAAAAAAGAUAAUGAUCAAGAAGUUGAUUCAAGUAUUCAAGACAAAAAAUUUUUAGACAAAAAAACUAAUUAUUUUGAUAAUGUUGAUGAAAAAAAUAAAGAUGAAAUAUUAGUAGAAGCAAUUAAAGCUAUUUCUCAAGCACCAAUUCCAGUUAGCAUAACGAGUGCUAGUACCUUGAAAUCAAAUUUUUCUAGUUCAGACGCAAUUGAAAACGGUGAUACAUUAAAAAUAUCAACACAUCUUCCUGAUAGAAGUUCUACUAGUCAUAAUAUUUCCCAUAAACAAAAAAUAAGAACAACAAUUAAAACAACUACACAACAACCGAGUUCAACAACAGAAAUUAUAAGACAAAAAAGGCCAACAAAAAUUAGACAACCCUUUGAUAGAGUUACUAGCAAACAAAAAUUUUCGCCAGAGAAUGUUUAUCGCCCUAUAACAGACUAUGAUUAUUACGAUGAUGAUGAUGUUAAAGUAAUAGCAAAAUCUAAUUCUCAGGUCAAAGUUAUUUUACAUGGAAGAGGAUUAAUUGAAUGUUUGGAUCAAGGUAAUUUUCCUCAUCCAUUAUCAUGCCGAAAAUUUAUAUCAUGUGCUAAAAUGGAAACGGGAGGUGUUGUAGGAUGGGAAUAUACAUGCCCGAAAAAUUUAAGUUAUGAUCCAGUUGGAGGAAUAUGUAAUUGGGCAGCUGGCUUAGGAUGUAAGGAUUAAAACUAAAAUUUCUCAUGAACUGUUACAAUAAUUACAUGAUUAUAUUAUACUUGUAUAUAUAAUAAACUCAUUGCAAGAAAAAAUGAAAAUAUUUACUUAAGGACUGACUUAAUUUUUUUUUUAUAAAAUUGUUUUAUGUAAGUAUGUAAUAAGAAAAUGAAAUGUAUAUUUUUAUAUGUUAAGCAUAUGUAUAUAUAUACAAUAAAAAAAUAGA